AUGACAGCGGGGCUCAUAGGCCCCCCCACUGCUCCCCCAAACGCCCUGCCUGGCCCGGGGGGAAGGCCGCGGGGGGGAGGCCUGGGACUGGGGCCGUCUCGCCACGAAGCAGAAGCAGCGGCGGCGGCAGCGGAGGCAGCAGAGCGGGGGAGCAGCAUGGGGUCGAUGGGGAGGGGGAAGCCGUCGGGAUCCAGAGGCGGGUCUAGCGGCCAAUCGCUGAACCCUGUUUCGCGCCUCCCUUCCCGGCCUUCCCGCCCUUCUCUCCCCUCCCUGCCUUCUCUGGCGCUGUCUCUGUCUCGGCCGCUUUCUCUUGCAUCUCUCCCAUCCCUUCCAUCCCACUCCUCCCUGGCCUCCUCCACUCCCUGGCUUCCCUCCCUUCCAUCCCUUCUCUCCCCUCUCUUCCCUCUCUACCUUCUCUUCCCUCUCUCCAAUCUCCUGCCUCCCUACCUUCCCUCCCCUCUCUCGUUCUCUCCUCUCCCUCCCUCCACAAUCCACGUCCUCCCGAAUUGCUUUCCCUUUCCCUCUCCUUCUCUCUCUCCCUCUCCCACCCGCUCGAUCCCUCCCUCACUUCUCUCCCUCCUACCCCCCUCGCUCCUCCCUGCUCCCCCUACCAAUCCCGCCCUCCUCACUGUCCUCCUCCCCUUCCACACUGCUCAUCCGCCCCCUCCCCUUCUCCACGGCCCGUCUGCUCCCUUCCCUCCUCUCACUCCCUUCCCUCCUCUCACUUGCUUCCCUCCUCUCACUCCCUUCCCUCCGCUCAUUCCCCUCCCUCCUUUCACUCCCUUCCCUCCUCUCGCUCCCCUCCCUCCUCUCGCUCCCCUCCCUCCUCUCGCUCCCCUCCCUCCUCUCGCUCCCCUCCCUUCUCUCACUCCCUGCCCGCCUGUCCACACUCUCAGCUCUCUUCUUCUCAUCUUUCUUCCCCUCCUCCCCCUUACCCCUCUUGCUCUCUUCCCCCUUCUCUCUCUUGCUGUCCUCUCCCUUGCCUCUCCUGCUCUCUUCUUUUUCUCUCGUUUCCCUUCCUCUCCCUUUUCCCUCCUCCCCUCCCCCUUUUCCCUCCUGCCCUCCUCUCCCUUCUCCCGCCCUACAUCAAAAGACGAACUCGAGUUCCUUCUGUGGACUCGUUCCUUCCUGUACCCCUCUCUCUCCCCUUCCUUCCUUCUCUCCCCUUCUCUCUUCUCUUCCUUCUUAACCUUCCCUUUCCCUUCCUCACUUCCACUAUCACGCCCCUUUUCUCUCCCUUCUCUCUCCCCACCCUUCUCCUCUCCUCCCUUUCUCUUACCCGGAACCAGCUCUCCUUUACUCUCCUCCCCCGUUAUCUCCUGA